AAAAUAAGUUUAUUUUGAAGGUUACAACCGGAAGUAUUGUACUACCUGGCAGGUGGCUUGACACUCAGGAACACAAACACAACCUCCAAAUAACUCAUCAUAUGUGGAGCUGGUCUGCAGGCAGCAUCACUGAUGUUUCCCCGCAGGUGGAGGUUCGGUUGGGACAGACACACCGAGGUGGACCUCUUCACAGACCGACAUGAGACCAGUGCACAGACCCUCUCCCAGGCCAUCAGAGCUGCAGCGGCCGAGGAGCCGGACGCGGACGGCAGCGUGCUGUUUGGCCACCUGCAGGGCACCGUGGUCGGCCUCAGAUAUUACACCGGGGUGGUGAAUCAAGGGGAGAUGGUGGGUUUAGUGCGACAGCCACAGAAUCCGUACGACUCCAAUGCAGUGAUGGUUGCCAACAUCUAUGGCAACCAAGUGGGACACAUUAAGCGGGAGCUGGCAGCAGCUAUGGCCAGCAUCAUGGACAGAAAUCUGGCUAAAGUAGAGGGGGUGGUACACUCGGGCACCAAAAACUCAUUCACGAUGCCGGUGCUGAUCUCCUUCUGGGGGAAAGAAGAGAACAAAACUACCGUGACUGAAAUAAUGACACGCCGCGGAUACAAACUGAACACAGGAAGCAGACCCACAGGUGCAAAUCAAAAACCAAAUAACAGUCAAGGUGCUCGCGCAUUGGCGUCUAAAAAAGGUUUGACCAUCGCACUGACUGCAGAAGAGCUGAAGAACGCGUUCGACAACCUUUUCGAAGGCUUGAUGGAGAGUAAGGACGGAGAGAAAGAAGCUGCCAAGGCUGUGGGUACCCCUCUCCUGCUUCACCAGAAGCAGGCGCUGUCCUGGAUGUGCGCUCGGGAAAAUAAAUCUACGCUGCCGCCCUUCUGGGAGAAGAGAGGCGAGCUGUAUUAUAACAGCCUCACGUGUUUCUCUGCCAAAGAAAUACCGGAGAGAGUUCGCGGGGGAAUACUGGCAGAUGACAUGGGACUGGGGAAAACUCUGACAACCAUCGCUCUGAUCCUCACCAACUUUCACAAAGGAAAGCCUCUGCCCGUGGAGAAAUGCGAGGAGCAGGCGUCACCCGUCAAAGGCAAAACUAAACCGCAGACGGCCUCAAAACUGGAAGGAAGCAUCAGCGCAGGAGAUAGAGCAGGAGUGAGUGAUGCAGCAGCUGGUUCUUUAUCCUCACACCUUCCUCAGGUUGAGGUGAUCUCUGUUGAUCCUCCGGACGUAGCGGAGAUCGUGGGCAAGACGGAUAAAAGUACGAGCAAAGGAAAGAUGAAAGCCACCAAGCGAAAGCCCAGUAAAGAGGCUCCGGUAUUGCUGGAGGAUCUGGACUUUGCUGCAGCCCUGGGUGGCUCAGCGUCAGAUUCAGGCUCCAAGAAGAAGAAAACCGCCACGAAGUCCGCACCCACGCCGAGUGUGGAAUCCUUCAUCACUGAAAGCGCGGAUGACUUAUCGGCUAGAACGACUCUCAUCAUCUCCCCGCUUUCUGUGCUCAGCAACUGGCUGGACCAGUUCGAGCAGCACGUGCGCUCCAACGUGAAGCUAAACGUGUAUCUGUAUUACGGCUCGGAUCGCAACAGGAGCAAGCGGUUUCUGUCCUCUCAGGACGUGGUGAUCACCACCUACAAUGUCCUCUCUGCCGACUUUGGGAAUAAGAGUCCCCUCCAUGAGAUCAAUUGGCUGAGGGUUGUGCUGGACGAAGGACACAUCAUAAGAAACCCCAACGCCCAGAUGAGUAAAGCCGUGCUCGGCCUAAAAACACAGCGACGCUGGAUUUUGUCGGGUACUCCUAUCCAGAACAGUGUGAAGGACCUGUGGAUGCUGCUGGCCUUCCUGCGUCUGAAGCCCUUCGACGUGAGAGAGUGGUGGAACAGAGUGAUCCAGAGACCCGUUACUCAAGGAGACAGGGACGGCCUGCAGAACCUUCAGACCCUGGUCAGGUGCAUCACCCUGCGGCGGACCAAGGGCAGUAAGGUGAACGGUCGCCCUCUGGUGUGUCUGCCUGACAAGACGGUGUGCGUGGAGCAGGUGGAGCUGAGCCAGUCGGAGAGAGAGGAGUACGAGCUGGCACGCAAUGAGGGAAGAAGCACCAUCAGCAGAUACGUAGCUGAAGGGACAGUGUUGAGGAACUACGCCGAUGUGCUGGCCAUCCUGAUGAGGCUUCGACAGCACUGCUGCCACCCUGACCUGCUGGCAAAAACAUCCGCAGACCUGGGUGCUGCAGCCACGCCUGCAGAGCUGCGAGAGCGUCUGAUAGAGAAGCUGCGGUUGGUGUUGGCCAGCGGCUCUGAUGAGGAGUGCUCCGUGUGUCUGGACUCGGUCCGUCUGCCCGUCAUCACGCACUGCGCCCACGUUUACUGCCGGCCCUGCAUCGCCCAGGUCAUCGGCACAGAGCAGAACGUGGCACGCUGUCCUCUCUGUCGAAGCGAGAUCAAGACGAGCGAGCUGGUCGAGUUUCCACAAGAGGAAAUGGAGGAAGAGAAAAGCACAAACUCUGAGAAGUGGAGGACGAGCUCGAAGGUGCAGGCGCUGAUGGGAAAUCUGCUCAGGCUGCGAUGUGAAGACAGCAGCAUUAAGUGUUUGGUCGUCUCUCAGUUUACACGCUUCCUCAGCAUACUGGAGACUCCACUCAGGGAGCACGGUUUCACUUUUGUGCGUUUGGACGGCACCAUGAGCCAAAAGAGGAGGACUCAGGUCAUCCAAGAGUUUCAGAGCUCUGCAGCCGACAGUCCUGCCGUCAUGCUUCUGUCGCUCAAAGCCGGAGGUGUGGGGCUUAACCUGACCGCCGCCUCUCGCGUCUUCCUCAUGGACCCUGCCUGGAAUCCUGCCACCGAGGAGCAGUGCAUCGACCGCUGCCACCGUCUGGGACAGACGAGGAACGUUGUUGUCACCAAGUUCAUUGUGAAAGAUUCAGUGGAAGAGAGCAUGAUGAAGAUCCAGAGGCAGAAGCAGGACCUGGUGGAGAAGGCGUUUGGCUCCACGAACACCGAUCGCAAAACAUCUCGCAUUGACGACAUCAAAGCUUUGAUGGAGCUGUAGACGUCUAACGGUGAACCCGAACUGAAUGACUUUAAACUGUAACGACAGUCGACACAGAACGGUCGCACACAUUGUCAAUGGUCAUAUUUAGAAGUUACUUUGAAGUCCUUUUGUGUUUUAUAAUUAAUCUUCUAAAUUCUGUUUUUCUAUUUCAUUAACAUUUUCGAUAUGGUUUAAUUUACAGGGUCGUACUUCUCAGCGAGCUUUAAUUUCUUCAGUGUCUUGUUUUACAGUUUGAUCAUAAAAAUAUAAAGCGUUGUGCUAUUUCAUGGAGGUGGUUCUUCCUCUGGAAGAAGACACGUUAUAGCAGAGCCACUUUUGAACUGUCAGUGAGCGAAAUGUAACAGUCUUGAACAUGCAGAUGUUUCGUAUGUUGGAUUUGUUUUCGCCGUCUUUUGAUUAAAGAAAUACUGAUAUUGUGCAUUCGUAGCUUACUGUUCAUGGAGCAGCUUUCAGGACUGUAGUUGAAGUUAAUUACAACAUGCAAUGUAACUUUUCUCUGUUUUAUAUCACAAAUCAGACAGAACAAGACAUUUUAAAGAUCACAACUUAAGCUCUGAGGACUUGUGAUGAUAAUUUUAUAUAUUUUUGUGGCAUUUCAUGGACUAAAUAAUAAUAAAUAAGAGUCAGGGUGCUGCUGUGGUGCAUUAGAAAGGCUCUGCUGCAAUAAAUGGAACAGAAUCUUGAUUCAUUUCAUUGGAAAGACCUACAUGGAGUAUAAAGAAAAUGAAAGUCGUGACAGAACAAGUGGAUAAAAGGUGAUUUAAUUUCUUAUUAGCGCUUCAGCAGGGUUAUACAGUUAACAGCUGGGGAACAGGACAGAUCUGCAUUAACAGAUGUCACUACAAUUAUGUUUCCACAUCCACACUCAUGCAUAAUCAGGAUUUAGCGGGCUGACGAGAUUGGAGACAUCUCGCGUGCCGGCUUCUCGUAGGAGUGUGUUUAAUGUUGUCCUUGUUAAAGUUUAGUUUAAUGUCGCACAGCUGGAGUUAAGUAAAGGAGGUAUUGGCAACAGGAAAGGAGGGACCGGGCAGAUUGGGUGUGAUGGUAGCAGCAGUUACGGUAAGUGAGGUUUUGUAAACAGUGAACGGCAAUAAGGCAGCUGGUACAGACAGGAAGUGAUGCAACGGAUCAUGGCACGGAGAAACAUCGAUGUAGGCCUGGCAGGAACACGACAUGCAGAUAAACACACAAUACAUACAAAACUUGACGAUCAACAUCGCUUUAGGAUGCGGAUGGAAGUGCUUCAUCGACUGACCCACAUUUGAACUUUGUGCCAUGCAAAUAAAACACAGCAGGCCCUGACCCUAAUAACAAUACCAGACGUUACAAAGCUGAAGUCGCAGAGAGCUGGUGACAGUCAGAGGCACAGGUAGGGAGGUUUAUCUGUGUACUGAGGUGAGGUGAACGCUGGCUGAAAAGGAGACUGUAAAGAGGAAGUAAGCCAGUCUUAUUGCAUGAUAGGAGCUGUGGCAAAAAUCCAGAAACAACUUUUUAAACUCACUCACUCCCCUGAACUCAAACAGAAACUUUGCCCACAGACAUUUUCCAGUGUUUUGUUGUUGUUGCUGAAAGUUUCCACAGGUUAGGAAGACU